AUGGAUGGAGCCACCAAAUCGUGGCUAAUUAAAAAAUUUGGCCCUUCCGAAGACGAAGUGUUGACCAGACUCGUGACUGUCCAGAACUUAUUCAACUUCUCCAAUGAGGACAUCUAUAUCCAAUGGGAAGCUUUUGUUGUCACCCACGAAAAUGGCGACGCAGACCUCUCACUCGUGAACAUCGAGAAAUUCCAGCAAUACCUCCAAGAUCUGCUUGCAAACAACCAUCAAAAGAGAACGCCUGCCGUGAAGAAGGUGCGAGAUCUCUCCAAUAAAAGACCAAUUGACUUUUCCUCUAGUCCAGGCGUGGUGCUCCCUAGCACGCCGUCGUUGAAGCGGAAGAAACCUAUCUUAACUAGCGAACCUGACUCGUCGCCUUCAAAAAAGGACGUGGCAUCAAGCCCCAUCAAGGCCCAGAGCUCCAACACAGUCUUGGAGACUCUCAACCCGGACGUGGAGGUGGACAAUAUCGCCGAUAACGUGCAAUUGACCGCCAACUUCGAUCCCGAGAAGUUCAAGUUCAGGACAAUGGCCAUGAAGCUCCUUGAAAGUGCCGAUGUGUUGGACGACCAGAUCGAUAUGUUUAGCCAGCAGUUGCUGACAGAGUAUAAAGACAAGGAUAUUCAGCUUGGAAACCCAUGUAUGAGCUCACAAUUUGAUAUCGUUUGCUGUGGACGUAUAGUUCCAGACUCGCCUUUCUACGAUAGCAUGAUCGUUCAGAACUUGAACGACAAGUCAUUGUUCUUGGAAACGUCCAGAUUGGGAGGAAUUGGUCAGAGAAUUCCACUUGACUUAUCGAAUUUAGAAGAAUAUUCGUUUUUCCCUGGCCAGGUGGUUGGAUUGCGAGGUAGAAACCCAACUGGUCGUGCGUUCGUAGCUCACGACGUGAUUGCAUUACCACAGUUGGGUACCCCUGUCUCUUCUGGAAGUGAAUUGUCAGAAUUCAGUAAAGAAGGCUCCAAGAUAUUGAUCGCAGCUGGGCCAUUUACAAACCAGCACACAUUGGAUUACUCACGUCUUGAGAAACUAGUUGACCAUGUCAAUACGGAGGUAAAGCCUCAGGCAGUCCUUCUAUUCGGGCCCUUCCUCGAUAUCACUAAUAAAGCAGUGGAGUCAGGAAAUGUUGAACUUCCCCAUACUGCGGCUAACCAGCAACCGAAAAACUUGGAUGAAUUGUUUAGAGCUGUGGUCACUCCCGUUCUCAAAAAGUUUGACCCUUCUAUCCAAGUUGUUUUGUUGCCUUCCUUGAAAGAUUCUGCUAGUAAGCAUGCUUCGUACCCGCAGUCUUCGUUGGACCGUAAACGCUUGGGCCUACCUAAGAAUUUCAAGUGUUUCCCUAACCCAUCCAACUUCUCGAUUAAUGAGAUUAUGGUGGGUGCUUCCAAUGCGGACGUGUUUAAAGACUUGAAAGAUAUUUAUAAGAGUGGAGUCUCUCCCGAAAAGAGCAAGUUGUUCUCCAAUAGAUUCGAGAGAAUUGCCAACCAUGUGUUUGAACAAAGACGGUUCUACCCUGUAUUUCCAGGAAGCGUUAAGCGGGUGGCGUUGCCGAAAGAAGAAGGAGAAAAGGUUACCAAUUUGUUGGAUGGUAUGAUGGGCGAAGAGUUGGCGGAAACAGAAGUGGGAGGUUCAAGCUUGGAAGUUCCAUAUAUUGGUGUUACCGAACUAAGCCACUCACUACCAGAUGUUUUGAUAGUUCCUUCGGAGCUCAAGUACUUUGCCAAAGUGAUCAAAGGUGUUGUUGUAAUCAAUCCAGGUCAGUUCAUACGACCAAAUAAGGAUCCGUUACGAGAAGACGGCAGCUACGUUGUCAUGACUACACGGGGACCCGAUGCAAAUGACGAAAACAACAUCGAGCCUGUUGAGGGAAGUGAUCUUUUCUACCACAAUGUAUUCAAGAGAAGCCGCAUAGAUAUCAUGAAGACAUAG